AGCUUUGAUUUUCAAUAGAGGCUGCCCGUAUUUGCAGAUUGCAUGCUGUUGUUUAUUUUUGUACUCAUGCUCUUUGUUGUAUGGAACUCAGAUCUGGGCGAAUCGGUAAACAAAAGAGAAUUAACGAGGACAAGGCAUGUUUCAAGGUACAGAUGUCAAGAACAUUAAAUUCAGAGAAGAGUGACAAUUUAGAUUCAAGUAUCAAAAGUACACAGGAAAGUUUUCAAAGAUCUUUAAGAUCUUUCAAGAAACGUGGCAGCCAUUUAAGCAUUAAAAAUCUAGACAUAAAGGAUAUCAAGAAACAACUCCGCAAGAGAAAACGCAGUGAUCAACAAGACAGUACGCAAAACAUGGAAAUUAAGGAACCCACAACGAAGAAGAUAUGUGCGGUAUCAAACAUGACAACCUUAGCUGAUUCAUCACCAGCUUCAACUAAGAAAGGAGUCUUAGUGCAGCGCUCGGUCAGUUUGAGAUCAAGCCUAACAGUGAAAGAUUCUGAUUUUGCCAAGCGUUACCGACUUCUGCCAACCCCUACAAAACACCGGCCCAGCAAGUCAUGGAGCGACACUGUUUCUAAUAAUGGUAUUAGCCAGACUCUCUCACAGACUGAAAUAAAACGACAAGAGGCCAUUUAUGAAGUUUGCUCUGGUGAAGAAAAUGUUGUUGCUGAUCUGAAGAUGAUAAAGGAGGUUUAUUAUUCACCCAUGUACAAACUCAAGCUCAUGAAUGAAUAUGAAUUUAUGAAGAUCUUUGGUUGUUUAGAAGUGUUACUUGCCCUUCAUCAAGAUCUUCAUACAAAACUAAAAAAUGCUAGAUCUAGUGAUGGCACAACAGACAGUAUAGGAGAUAUCAUGUUAAACUGGUUUCCGGGUUUAAGAUGUUACGCCAGAUAUUGUGCGAAUCAAUUCGAAGCCAAGACGAUUCUCGAUGAAAAACUUCGUCAAGGAGGCAGUGUAGCGGAUUUUUUACAGAGAUGCCGUGAUUCGCCAUUCAGUCGGAAGUUGGAUCUCUGGAGCUUUCUAGAUUCGCCCAGGAGUCGCCUGGUGAAGUAUCCGUUAAUGCUUAGAAGCAUCCAAAAAUACGUGAGUAUUGCAAUCAGACUCGUGUGGGCGGAAUUUCCGGCUGUUUCCCCUGGGGGAUGCAGCGGCCCUACGGGAGAGACCUCCCCAUAUCUGGUUUUCCGAUUUAGUGAACCGCAAACCACUCCAUUUUCUUUUCAGAGAUGCCGUGAUUCGCCAUUCAGUCGGAAGUUGGAUCUCUGGAGCUUUCUAGAUUCGCCCAGGAGUCGCCUGGUGAAGUAUCCGUUAAUGCUUAGAAGCAUCCAAAAAUACACUCCAAAAGAUCAUUCAGACUGGCGUAAACUCGAAGAAGCGAUUUGUCGUUUACAAGACAUUAUCGAAGAAGUGGACAGAAAAACAGGAGAAGCAAAGUGUCAAGAUGUACUCAGCAGAAUCGUUUUCUUGGAUGAUAGACAGAUGUGUCCUCAUGUAUUCAAGUCCAAAAAGCUUUUAUGCAACGGAACACUAAGAAACAAACAUGGAACGAAACUCCAAGUGUUCUUGUCCGAGACAGUUUUCCUUCUUACUCGUCCAGCCACAAGACAAGACAGAGCAAGUUAUCAAGUCUUCACUCAGCCAAUCCCAGUCGAGAAUUUGUUGGUUGAGGAUCUGUCUGACGGUGACGCCAGAAUGGGCGGUUCAUUCAAGACCGCGAUAUCAAGACUCGGUACAGCUAAGCACGUUUUCAGAGUAUCAAGUAGAGAAGCAGAAUAUGGCCAAUCUCACACACUACAAGCCUCCACUGAGCAGGACAAAAAACAGUGGCUAAACGUUUAACGUAUAACGAAGCGU